AUGGAUACUAAAAGGGUAAGGAUUGAAUUUUCUAUGAGAAAGAACCUAUUUCUGACCAUUGCUCUUCAUUUUUCAGGAAUAUGCAGCCGUUUCAAGUCAUCCGAGAGAGGAUUAGAAUGCAGGGGGAAUGUAAUUGCCACUGCUCGGCCUAGAAAAUGGAUACUAAAAAGGGAUCUGAUGUCGUUUCAAUUCUUCCGAGAGAGCGGUAGAACGCAAGAGGAAUGUUAUUGCCACUGCUCGGCCUACAAAAUGGAUACUAAAAAGUCUUCCGAGAGAGCGGUAGAACGCAAGAGGAAUGUUAUUGCCGUAAAUUUGGAUAUUUUGGUGUGUUUUAUGGUACAUUCGACCGUUUUGUUGGCUUUUCCAGACUGCUCGGCCUACAAAAUGGAUACUAAAAAGGGAUCUGAUGCCGUUUCAAGUCUUCCGAGAGAGCGGUAGAACGCAAGAGGAAUGUUAUUGCCGUAAAUUUGGAUAUUUUGGUGUGUUUUAUGGUACAUUCGACCGUUUUGUUGGCUUUUCCAGACUGCUCUGCCUACAAAAUGAAAUGGAUUGGCACGGGAUAAUAAGAAGCAAAGGACAACUAGUAGCUUGGAAUAAACCGCCAACAACAAUUGGAGGCAUAUUUUGCAUUUUUUCUGCCAUUUUCAACAUUAACCGAACAACCCAGUACUUCGAUCGGAGAACCUUCGAACGAUGAAAUAUUACGCUAAAAAGGAUUGAAACUGGAAAAAAGGAAGCAAACAGCAACUGGCAAAGCAAAAUAACCCACCAGAAACAAUUUGAACAGCAUUGUGGAGUCUUUUCUGGAGGCUUUUCUUUCCAUUCGAUCGAACAACAGUGUGGAGAAUCUUCGUAAACAAUAUUAGUAUGUUAUUAAUUUUGAAAUGUAAUAAAGAAAAUUGUUAUUGAACUAACUGUUUUAGUCAAUUCUAUUUACAAAUUUUACAACAUUUACAAAUUGCAAUUACAAAUACUCUUGCAAGAAAUUAAAAAUAUUUUAGUUUAUCAACAU